AAGAGCAGAACGGCAUCGGCAGGCUCAGUGUAAGAGAGGCGUCGGUGGAGGACGCAGUGGUGACGAACUCUUUCGAGAAGUGAGAAGAAGAGCGUGUACGAGGGAGGAGAAUCGAGAGUGUAAAACAGAACAGAGGGAGAAAGAGAUUGAGGGGAGGGGAGGCGCACACCGACGUCCAAACGAUCUCUCACGAACGAACGAUCGACUGAAAUUACUUUUUUCUUACAUUAAGCCCCUAGAUUCUUUUUCGUUAAUCCUCCACGAAAACGAGUUCGCUCGUACUUUCCUUUCGACCCUGCUUCCUGUAUUUCCUAUAAAAACGUCUCCCUUUCCUUCUCCUCUCACGUGAUUUUUUAUUAAUUUUAUUUAUUUAUUUCUAUCGACGACGAAACGAAUAACUGAACGAAUUAACCGAUACCACGAACUAUGGCAGCCACCGCCAUGGAUCCAGUCGACAUAGCUAAUAUCCUCGCGCAGGAACUGCUUUAUCAGCAGCUUGUUUCUCUGGACGGACUACACAGUGGAGUGCCGACGCGGACGACACCGACGUUGACGCCAACGACGCUCCGGAGCAUCGAGCAAACAUUUCUAGAGCUGACCAGCGAGUCAGCGUCGCACAGUCGCGAAGCAGGGUUCGUGCCACCGUUGGUGGAACCUUCGCAACCGACGCCGGCACAAACGCAAAACACGGCGGCGCAUCACGUUGUUACCACCACCGUUGCCGCCCCUGUGGCCGCCAAUACCACCCUCGUGGACAGUCAACAGACACAGCCACAACAGCCAACCAGACGCAACAUGGGUGGCAGAAGGCCUACCAGAACGAUCGGGAUGACCCCCGAGGAGGAGGAGCGAAGACAGAUCCGCAGAGAAAGAAAUAAGAUGGCAGCAGCUAGAUGUCGCAAGCGGAGAAUGGAUCAUACCAAUGCCCUGUUAGAAGAGACUGAGGGUUUGGAGCAGAAGAAACAAAGCUUGCAAGAAGAGAUUCAGCAGCUACAGCAGGCGAAGGACGAACUGGAAUUCAUCCUAGAAGCUCACAGAGCGGUCUGUCGACUUCGUUCAGCAUCUCCUCCGGAUGUGAAACCCGUGAUAAAACCAGAGCUUCCAACGGAGGAUCAAUUCGCCGCUGCGGCUGCAGCUGCAGCCGCCGCAGCUGAAAGCACAAAGCGCGAGUCGGUGAACGUCGCAACGAGACCGAAUAGACCGAAUUCUUUGCCGGUUGGCUUCGACAAUAACAAUCGACCAAAUUCCCUGUCGAUCUUCAGCGAACCAAAAGAAAGGCCGAACACGCUUACAUUUAAGACAGUCGAAACACCAUCAUUCAUGAAACCAUCGUUGGACGUAGCGGGGAUGCCAAUCACUACGCCAACUAGCGGUAUAGCGUUUAAUUUCGAGUCGUUGAUGGAAGGCGGGACCGGCCUUACUCCAGUUUCAACACCAUUGAUACCUUCUUGCUCGACGCAGCAAAGAAACAAUCUGUCCGCCGUCGAUCUCAGCUCUCCGGAUGCAAAUCCACCGAAGCUAGUGAGUUUGUGACGCCAAGACGACCUCGAUUACGGAUCGAACGAGGAUGAUCCCGAAUGAGAUGAUUUUAUAAAAUGAUGUGAGAUUCUGGUAAUUUUUAUACAAAGAAGAUUUUCUGCUAGAACCACACAUCGUGAAAUUCAGUAUUUGCGUUUCUGUUAUGGAUUCACGCAUCGUAAAGUAAGCUUGUCGAACACAUUUCCAUCUCUGUAAGAACUUUGGUAAAAUUAUCUUUGAGGCUAAUAAAAAGGAAAAAGAAUAAAAAAGGAAGAAGGAAAAGAAUGAGAUUUUCCUUGUUAGUAGCGCUUUAAGAACGCAUUAAACCGCAUGAACUUUUGGAAGAAGAAGCAAAGUAUGUUUUUGCAUCAUUUAAUUGACACGCGAGAGUGUCUAGUGAUAUAUAAUAUUGUAUAUUAUACGUAAUUGUAUUUAACUUUUGCGAACGUUUUUACACAGACGAAUUAGGAUUAUGCAAACCAUGCAUCGUAAUAUUGCAACAAUUUCUUUUUCUGUUUUUUUUUCCUUGUAAAAGAUUUUCGUCGUACCCCGGCGAAAAAUUUUAUUUUUUACCAAUUACGUAACAUCGACCGAAGAGGUAUAGCGUUGUUUAGGAAUUUAAAACGUUCGAUUUUAGCGCUCAAAACCAUUACGUAGAUUAAGGAGGACGCGUAUACGAUGGCCAUCUUUGAUUGCGCUCAUGAUUUUUCACAUCAUGUGUAUAUAGCACAAUUCAAGGCUAACGAACUAGCGGAUUGAUGACGAAAUGAUGUAUGUGUAUAUACGUAUACACGUAUAUAUUUUUUAUUGAAAAUUUGGUGAAUGUUAUGUGCCUCGUAUUUACGAUAAAUAAAAACCGCAUUGAAACCACUUGCGGUUACGCGUAUUAACGGAACAUUUUUAUGUGCAACUGACGUGUUUGCAAAUCUUUCACCCUAUAAAUGUAAUCCCUCCAUACAUAUAAUAUAUAUACAUACAUAUAUUUUACUAUGUAUGACAUUUUUGCAUGAUCUUUAAGCAAUAUUAAUAUAUUUAUGCGCGGCUGCUGUUUACGAGGCUGGCCGGUGUUAUUUCGAUAAGACUUUUUUCUUUCUAUUACUUUGUUCUUUAUUGUUUUCUUUCCUUUUUUUUUUUUUGUUAUUAUAUAGAACUACGCAUGUGUAUAUACGUAUUCUUAGAGAAAGAAAUCGUUUUACGAGCUGCUCGAUUUCAGUCACGUGAUCGGCGGCCGCGAUAGAUGAUCGUAAAUAAGAAAAGAUGAUUGUAACGCAUCACCGGUAAAUGCUGCAAUAUAUUUUGAUUAGAGCGAACGAAUAAAGGAACGAUCGAAUAUGUAAUUUUGUCCAAGAAUAAUAACAAAGUGUUUUAAUUUUUGUGUA